UUGGCAUACUAUGGAAUGAGCAGCAAUAUUGUGAACUUCAUGAAGGAUAGACUCAACCAAGCAAACGCUGUAGCAGUCAACAAUGUCACUAACUGGUCUGGAACCUGCUAUGCCACACCUCUUUUGGGUGCAUUUUUAGCUGAUGCAUACUUUGGAAGAUACUGCACAAUUGCCACUUUCAUGAUAAUUUACAUUAUUGGUCUAGUACUGCUUACAAUGGCUGCAUCAGUGAAAGGACUAGAACCUGUUUGCCAUAAUGGAGUCUGCAACCCUACAUCAGCACAAUCUACAGUUGUAUUUGUAGCAUUGUACCUCAUUGCCCUUGGAACUGGAGGAAUUAAGCCAUGUGUCUCUUCAUUUGGUGCUGACCAGUUUGACGAUUCAGAUGAAUCAGAGAAGAAGAGCAAGACCUCUUUCUUUAAUUGGUUCUACUUUUCGAUCAAUAUCGGCGCCAUGAUUGCAGCAUCGGUCCUGGUUUGGAUACAGACCAAAUUAGGGUGGGGCUUGGGUUUUGGCAUUCCCGCAGUAGCAAUGGCCAUUGCCGUUGUGAGCUUCUUCUUGGGCACACCAUUAUAUAGGCAUCAAAAACCUGGAGGCAGUCCAUUCACAAGAAUAGCUCAGGUUUUUGUUGCUUCGUUAAGGAAAUCUGGAGAGAAAGUACCUGAUGACAAAUCUCUAUUAUAUGAAGUGUCAGACAAAGAAUCUGCCAUAGAAGGAAGCCGCAAGCUAGAGCACACUGAGCAAUUCAAGUUCUUUGAUAAAGCAGCUGUGCAAACUCAAUAUGACAAUAUAGAUAGCACUGUUAAUUCAUGGAAGCUCUGCACUGUCACUCAAGUAGAGGAACUGAAGAGCCUUGUACGUCUUCUCCCUAUCUGGGCAAGCGGCAUCAUCUUCUCAACUGUGUAUGGCCAGAUGAGCACUAUGUUUGUCCUUCAAGGAGACACCAUGGACCCCCAUAUAGGUCCCAACUUUAAAAUCCCUGCAGCUUCCCUGUCCGUCUUUGACACCAUUAGUGUUAUCAUUUGGGUACCAAUCUACGACCGCGUCAUCGUCCCAGUUGCUCGAAGAAUCACAGGAAACGAGCGUGGCUUCACACAGCUCACGCGCAUGGGCAUUGGCCUCAUCAUUUCCAUCUUUUCCAUGGUGGCUGCAGGCAUUUUGGAGGUCAUCAGGCUUCAAAUGGUAGCAAGACUCAAUCUUUAUGAUCACGAAGGCUACUUGCCGAUGACAAUAUUCUGGCAGGUGCCUCAGUACUUUCUCGUUGGUGCGGCUGAGGUCUUUACAUUCAUUGGUCAAUUAGAAUUCUUCUACGAUCAGGCACCAGAUGCAAUGAGGAGCUUGUGCUCUGCGCUCUCACUGACCACCGUCGCAUUGGGAAACUACCUCAGCACAUUUCUGGUGACCGUUGUCACUAAUAUCACAACAAGAAAUGGGCAGCUUGGAUGGAUAGCAGAUAAUCUCAACAGAGGUCACCUGGAUUACUUCUACUGGCUCCUGGCCAUUCUUAGCCUUGUGAACUUUCUGGUGUAUCUUCUGAUUGCAAAAUGGUACACCUACAAGAAAGCAACGGAUUUUUGAUAGUCUCGUCAGCGUAAGAGAGACUUGGUGCUUCGUUUUUACAUUUAUUUCUGACUACUGCAAUCUACGAACCUUUCUAAUUUAUUCGGGUUGGAUGGCUUGAAUGGCUUGUGAAGCUGUUGUGAAAAAUUAAGUUUGCUAUUGGAUUUCUACUUUCUGCUUGGCCAAAAUAUGCUUUCAACACAUCUCACGCAGCAUAUAUUAUAUAUAGAAAGGAGAUGGUGAGAAAAAAAACUGAGGCAAGGUCACAUCUUUUCAUGAAAGAUAGUGUUGAAAAUGCUUGUCCUCAAAUGACUUAAAGAUCAUGGCUUUAAAGAUCGGAUCAAACCAAACAUUUUUAGACCAAUCAUAUAACCGAUCCGAUCCAUCUUCAAAAUAAUCAUUACAUCAUAUA